AUGAUAACACGCCAGCCUUAUAGGAAACUUUUUAGAAAUAUUCCAAUCACAAGAGCAUUCUCACAUUCACAUUGGCGAAUACUGAAAGCUGAAAAAGAGUCUCAAGUCGAUUCUUCAUCGACUCCACCUCCACAUACGGAUGAUUUGUAUUUUGGAAAGUUCACGAAAGAGGAGUACGAGGAUGCCAAAAAGAUAAUUCAAGAGCAAAUAUCAAGACUAGAAGGACAAAUCAAAGGUGAUUAUAAUAUUCGUGAGAAUUUAGGCAAGUUUUCACAAUUCCCUGAGCCAGCGUCACAUGAUUCCAAACCAGUCAAGAUUGAAAAUCUUAGUGAUUUCUUUCGUCAAACAAUCAAAUUAACAGGUCCUAUUCCAUUGAGUACCUAUAUGAGACAAUGUUUGACACAUCCGGAGUUUGGUUACUAUACAACCAGGAACCCAUUAAGUUUACGAACCGGUGAUUUUAUUACGUCUCCAGAAAUUUCUUCUGUGUUUGGAGAGAUGAUUGGCAUUUGGUAUUUUAGUAUUUGGCAACAGCAAAAAUAUCCAAAAUCAAUCAGGUUUAUUGAAUUUGGUCCUGGUAAAGGUACAUUGAUUCAUGACAUUAUGAAAACAUUCAAUAAGUUUGUGGAAAAAUUGUUACCCAGUGACCAAAAGCGGCCAAAAAUUGAAAUUGCGUUAAUUGAAGCUUCUCGUGUAUUACGUAAAGAACAAUGGAAAUUAUUAUGUAACCCUCAAGAUCCCAUGGAUACUACAGAAGAAGGAUAUAAUAGGUCAAUUUCAAAGUGGGGUAAUGACAUAAUUUGGUUGGAUACAGAGAAGGAUAUCAAGCAAGGUGAUAAGAAUGUGGCAAACUUCAUAGUAGCUCAUGAAUUCUUUGAUGCGUUACCUAUAAAAAGUUUUAUUCGUGAAGAGAAGGGAUGGAGAGAAUUGGUGGUUGAACAUACACCCAGUGUCAACAACACCCAACCCAAAUUGGAAGAGUCAAAGAGUUCUACAAGAGCUGAUAAAGUUGAGACGGACAAUCUGUUAGAUACUGAAUUCCACUUGACAAUUUCUCCAAAAGAAACACCAUCUUCAAUGAUACCACAAAUUAGUAAAAGAUAUCGAGAUUUACCUGUGGGUACAAGAAUUGAGAUUUGUCCGGAUGCAGAACUAUACAUUAUGAAAAUGGCAAAGUUGUUGAGCGACAGUAACGACAAAGGGGCAAUAUUAGUUAUAGAUUAUGGAACUGAAAAUGAGAUUCCAGAGAACUCGUUACGUGGAAUUUAUCAACACAAAUUUGUUUCUCCAUUUUGGAGCCCUGGUGAAGUUGAUUUAUCAAUCGAUGUGGAUUUUCAAGCGUUGAAACAAUUGACCGAAGGGAUAGUCAAUGCUUAUGGUCCCGUUAAGCAAGGUGACUGGUUGCAUAAUAUUGGAAUUGGAUAUAGAAUUGACCAAUUGCUAAAAAAGAAUCAACAGGACCCUAAUGUACAAGAUAAGAUAUACGGCGCAUAUAGAAGACUCACUGAUAGCGAACAAAUGGGUAGCAUUUACAAAUUUAUGGCAUUAUUACCAAAAGGGUCCAACAAUCCACCUGGAUUUUAA